AUGGCGUGGGCUGAAGAUUUUAUCAGCGCUGUCGAGAGUGGAUCAGUCAAUCUGGACUCGGUGCCAGCACGCGAAGAGGCUUCAAGUAAGAUUUUUGCCGUGCUUGCAGACGUAAGUAGCAUUAAAACGCAGCAGGAUGACGCAAUCUUUCGCCUUCUGGCCGCUUGCAGAGUAUUUAUGCGAGAUCGAAGAGGCAUAUAUCAGCUUUUGUCAAUUGAGGCGCUAGAAAGAUUUUUGGUUAUUGCUGAAAGCGAGUCGUGGGUCUCUUCCGUGCGCGAAGAGGCUCUUAUGUGCAUGGUGAAUUCGGUAUACAUGCGACCGGACUUUGUAUCAGAACAUCUUAUCGCUAGGCAUUUUAUAGCCCGAUUAUUAGGUCUUGCAAGGACGAAGGGAACAUUCUCUUUGCACCGAUUAGUCUGGAAAUUUCUCUUAGUGUCUUGCGAGGCACGGGAAGUGCCACAACAUGUGAGCUGCUCACUAGAAGCUUGGCAGCUGAUUUUCUCGACUCUUUCGUACGGCUUCAAGCACGGCAAAAUGUCUGAUAACGUCACUGGAGCUCGCGUACUUUUGCUGAUGGAUUUGAUUAAGGUGAUAAGCGUGCUAGCAAAUGAAAUGCAAUGGACAGCGAAGCAAGAGGAAGUAUCACCGGACAUUUUCCAUUAUAUCUUUCGCCUUGGGGAAUUGCUUUUGGAUAUACUGUGCUUUGAACACCCUCGUGUAUACCGUUUAGAUGACCACUUGGUCGAUCUAAAGAAUAAGGUUACUGAGGUGUUCAUGCUUCUACCAGGAAGUCUUUUAGCAGCAUUAAUUCAGCAAAGGCACAAAGAAACGGAUGGAUUUGGCAAAUGCUCACUUCUUUCACCAGUGGUAAAACAUCUUCAGACCAUGUUGCUAAAUGUGCGGGUCGAAAAAACCAGACCACUCUCCGAGAUGCUGCCGACGCUGAUUGUAUGCCACAAUUUGGCGAAAACAGGUGAACAUGAGAUCCUUGGUUGCUUUAAAAUGACAAUUUUGCCAUCGUUUCAGCCGUCAAAAGCCUAUUUUGAUGCUCAUGAGCAAGCAAAAACAUUUUAUUUCAACCACUUGAAAAGUUUUUUAACCUGCUUGGACACCGAUGUCCGUCGCUAUACAUCCGAGUGGUUAUUCUUGCUUUGCGAUCAAAACGCCAAGGUGUACACACAACACACCGGCAUAGGAAAUGCUAUCGGCUUACUACGCAUGAAAGGUCUAGCAUGA